CGGGGCGAUACUGGCCGGGGUGAGCUACGCGGCGGGACGCCCCGGGGCCUCGCCGCCGGCGGGAGGGGGUGGAGGACUGAUCCGCUCCCGUCCCCGCUCCCUACGCCCGCUCCCUCGGCAGCUUGCGGUGCUGUCCCGCCGGGGGGAGGCGGAGGAAGAUGCCGGGGAAGCUGAAGGUCAAAAUCGUGGCAGGGCGCCAUUUGCCGGUGAUGGACCGCGCCAGUGACCUGACCGACGCCUUUGUGGAGGUAAAAUUUGGAAAUACAACAUUUAAGACAGAUGUGUAUCCCAAAUCACUUAAUCCUCAGUGGAAUUCUGAGUGGUUCAAGUUUGAAGUGGAUGAUGAGGAGCUACAAGAUGAGCCUCUCCAGAUCACAGUUCUUGAUCAUGAUACCUACAGUGCUAACGAUGCUAUUGGCAAAGUGUACAUAGAUAUUGAUCCUUUGCUCUAUAGUGAAGCAGCUACAGUUAUUUCAGGAUGGUUCCCAAUUUAUGAUACUAUUCAUGGUAUACGUGGAGAGAUAAAUGUGGUGGUGAAAGUAGAUCUCUUCAAUGAUUUAAACAGAUUUAGGCAGUCAUCCUGUGGAGUCAAGUUUUUUUGCACUACAUCUAUUCCAAAGUGUUACAGAGCAGUAAUAAUUCAUGGAUUUGUAGAAGAACUUGUAGUUAAUGAAGACCCGGAAUACCAGUGGAUAGACCGAAUUCGUACACCAAGGGCAUCGAAUGAGGCUAGACAAAGACUUAUUUCACUCAUGUCAGGUGAAUUGCAAAGGAAGAUUGGCUUGAAGGUGCUUGAAAUGAGAGGAAAUGCUGUUGUUGGUUAUUUGCAGUGUUUUGAUUUGGAGGGAGAGUCUGGACUAGUAGUGCGAGCCAUAGGAACAGCCUGCACAUUGGAUAAAUUAAGUAACACAUCAGCAUUUUUACCUGCAUGUAACUCCCCAUCCAAAGAAAUGAAGGAGAUUCCCUUCAAUGAAGAUCCCAAUCCCAAUACUCAUUCAUCAGGACCCUCCACCCCUCUGAAAAACCAAACCUAUUCCUUUUCACCUUCCAAGUCCUACAGUCGACAGUCCUCUUCUUCUGACACAGAUUUGAGUUUGACACCCAAAACUGCACCUUCCCCACAGGGACCUAGGAUUUUCCUGUUUCCCAGCUCCCCUACACUCUCUUGUGAUUCCCCACAUCUUAAAAAGUCCUGUCUCCUCCUCUCGGGGUCUAGCCUUAACCCUCUACACUCUAGCCAUGUCAGCCCAGUUGUUCUGAGGAAAAGUGUUUCUUUCACUGAAGAGCUGCUUCUGGCUGCUUCUGGAAUGGGCAGUGGGAGUGCUGGAAAAGAAGGGGGGCCAUUUAAAACUCUUUUAAGACAACAGACUCAGUCAGCUCUGGAACAAAGGGGAGGAUCGCCUCAUAGGUUCUGUAGAAGGCGGGAAUUUCCAUUUUUUACCUUGACGACCUUUCCACCAGGCUUUCUUGUCCAUGUUGGUGGUGUUGUCAGUGCACGGUCUGUGAAGCUCCUGGAUCGUAUUCACAAUCCUGCCUUUGUCGGAAUUAUGGGUAACACAAGAUCAUACAAACUGCUAGACUGGAAUAGUUUCAAUUCAGAUGAACCAGAGACACGAGAUGCAUGGUGGGCAGAAAUCAGACAAGAAAUAAAAUCCCAUGCCAAGGCAUUGGGUUGUCAUGCUGUAGUGGGCUACAGUGAAUCAACUAGCAUUUGUGAAGAGGUCUGUAUUUUGUCCGCGUCUGGCACAGCAGCUGUACUGAACCCUAGGUUUCUUCAGGAUGGCACCAUGGAAGGCUGUUUGGAACAAAGGUUGUCAUGGCAGCCUGGCUUCUUUUCCAUAGGGUCAGAGAAGGGAGAGGUUGAUUUUUUUCCUCAGAGCCAAGAUAGUUCUUCUCUAUUAGGGAUUGAAGAAGCUUCACCACCAGGUUGUGGAUUUUGCCAUAUACCAUAUGAUGAAUUGAACAUGCCAUUCCCUGCUCACCUCACUUAUUGUUACAACUGCAGGAAGCAAAAAGUUCCUGAUGUCCUUUUCACCACAAUUGACCUUCCUGUAGAGGCAAUAGUUAUUGGGAAGGGAUGUCUUAUUCAAGCCAGGUUAUGCCGACUAAAGAAGAAAGCUCAAGCUGAAGCAAAUGCAACAUCUAUCAGUAAUCUCUUGCCAUUUAUGGAAUAUGAAGUGCACACCCAACUGAUGAAUAAACUUAAGCUGAGAGGAAUGAAUGCUCUGUUUGGGUUGAGAAUUCAGAUCACUGUGGGUGAAAAUAUGCUAAUGGGAUUGGCAUCUGCAACAGGUGUGUAUCUAGCAGCUUUGCCAACACCUGGUGGUAUUCAGAUUGCUGGGAAGACUCCAAACGAUGGCACCUAUGAGCAGCAUAUAUCUCACAUGCAAAAGAAAAUAAAUGAUACGAUAGCAAAAAACAAGGAACUUUAUGAGAUUAAUCCUCCAGAGCUACCUGAAGAAAUCAUUGGGUCUCCCAUUCCAGAGCCAAGACAACGUUCCAGGUUAUUAAGAUCUCAAUCAGAAAGCUCUGAUGAAGUUACAGAGCUAGACCUUUCACAUGGGAAGAAGGAUGCUUUUGUCUUGGAGAUUGAUGAUACUGAUGCAAUGGAAGACGUACAUUCUUUACUGACAGAUGUUCCACCACCUUCUGGUUUUUACAGUUGCAACACAGAAAUUAUGCCUGGUAUAAAUAACUGGACACCAGAAAUUCAAAUGUUCACAGCAGUAAGAGUAUCCAGAUUAAGCAACAUUAACCUAACAAAUCAAACACUUAAUAAGAACUUUAAUGAUCUCUGUGAGAAUCUGUUGAAGAGCUUGUAUUUUAAACUACGAUCUAUGGUUCCUUGCUGCCUUUGUCAUGUAAAUUUUACAGUUGCUCUACCAGAGGAUGAAUUAGUUCAGAUCGCAGUCACAGCUGUUGCAAUUACAUUUGACAAAAACCAAGCAUUACAAGCCAACAAAGCCCCUACAGAAAAAUCACAGCAAAGAGCAUCUACAGACAAUGAAGACCAGCUACAAUUUCCAUUGGAACUUUGCUCUGAUCCCCUUGCUUCUCAACCAUUCCCACCAGCUAAAGAAGUCCUGGAGGGUGCAAGUUCCCACACAGGUAUUCCUGCUGCUCAGAGAGUGAUGAAGUCCCAGUCAGGCAGUUGGUUCACAGCUGGGACAUCACCAGAAAUCGCAACGUCAGUUGAUUACAGUUCCUUUGCAGACAGAUGCAACAGCUGGAUAGAGCUCAUUAAACUGAAAGCUCAGACCAUAAGGCGCGGAUCAAUUAAGACAACUGCUUCACUUGAUAAAGCAAGUCCAUUGGCUGAGGGAUACUUACGGCACCGUUCUGUUCCGUCAUGCACCAAUUCUACCGUCUCAGUUGUUAAGAUGACACCUCUUUCUUUUCUACCUGGGGCAAAAAUAACCAAGUAUCUUGGGAUAAUCAACAUGUUUUUUAUAAGAGAAACCACUUCUUUGCGUGAGGAGGGUGGUGUCAGUGGUUUUCUCCAUGCGUUUAUUGCUGAAGUGUUUGCAAUGGUGAGAGCUCACGUUGCAGCUUUAGGGGGGAAUGCAGUUGUCUCAUACAUAAUGAAGCAGUGUGUCUUUAUGGAGAAUCCAAACAAAAAUCAGGCUCAGUGUUUAAUAAAUGUCAGUGGUGAUGCGGUCAUCUUUGUACGUGAAUCUGAGUUAGAAAUGUUACCAGUACAACCUUCUACGGUUGUUUCUCAGCCCACAAGUUCUGGAGGAGAUGUCACAACAUGAAGACAGAAAAAGUGAGAUAGUCUCUGCCAAAUAUAAAGAUUAUUUAAAACGUGGGAAUGUUUAGGUUUGCAUCUUCAAAAUCAGUAUCUCCCUGUAACAUUAAUAGCCAAAAUCCAAGACAAUCACUAUACUUUGUCCUUUAACUUUAUGUAAUAGUCAGGGCAGCAUAUUGGCAGGUAUGCUCUGAUUCUUUUGUUAUUAUUACAGGCCCCUGUGAAACCUGGACAGUAAGUGAAGCACUGAUAGGAGAGUAUGGAUUAAAGUAGUAGGCAUCACAUGGAACCGUGAAAGUAAACAAAAAUUCUGCUACAUUUUUCAGCUGUUCAACAGGACCAUGAUAAGUUGUAAUUCAGAACCAUUUCUGAGUUUGCAUACUGUAUUAGCUGAUUCUCAGUUUAAAAAAUAAAAGAGGGGUUGGGUGGGUGGGAGAUAACUGAGAAGCCUGUAUUAGCAACCUCUGCCGAAGGAGCAAGAGAUUCGUCGUGUGUAGGCUGAGAAAAUGUGGGCUGAAGUCUCAAUUUACCUUAGAUCAUAGAGUGUGAAGAGGAAGAAGCAGCACCAAAAAGUCACAGUUUGAGUUUCUGCACACUGAAUUUCUGAACUGCUGAUCUUUUUUUUUUUUUUUUUAAAUUACUACUAUGCAGCAUAUGUUUUGGGUGGGUGUUGGGGGGGGGGGGGGGAGUUGUUGUUUUUAAAAAGGUGCCAGACCAUGAUGCUGUGUUCCUAAUCAUCCCUAUGGUUAAAAAAAAAAAAAGUACAAAAAGUUGCAAAGUGUGUUUGGUGCUAUUCUAAGAUGUUCACUUCAAUAUUGACAAAACGGAUCCUUUUUUUAUAUAAGAUUCCAUGAAAGAAUUGUCCUGAGGCUCAUUUUCUUCAGGCAUGAUCUCUUGCAAGGAUUACAUAAACAGUCCUCCAGAAGUCAGUUAUACAGAGGUAUACUCCAGCCUCCCUUCCGUUUAACAAGUUGGAAAUGCCUGGCUAACUGGAGACUGAUGUACAUUUGUGAUGUUAAUUUCUGCAAGUUGGUUUUGUUUGUGUUGUUUUGUGUUGUUGGUUUUUUUUCGCCAGUACUGUAGCUGGGAAAUUAGGGUACUGCAAAGAAAGGAAAUUUGUCAUUUCCAGUAAAUGUCAUAAAGGCAGUGAUAUUCUAAUGUAAAAAAUGCAAAGUUUGAUUUGAAGAUGCAUUCUUAUUUAAUUCUGACAAUACCAUAUGUGGAACUUGAACAAACAUGUAAACUUGAAUGUAAAUAUUCUGCUUAGUGUUGAAAUUAAGCAAUGGCAUGAUUAUUUGUUAAAACUAAUUAUUUCAUUGUAAAUGAGCAUGAAAAUCAUUCUUGCACAAUAAAUUUCUUUAUAAAAUUUA